AUGGAAGUUGCAUGUACCGAUGAGGUUAAGGUUUAUAAAGACGAAGGUGAGGAAGAUGAGCAGAAAAAGUCAUCAGAAAACUUAACUGAAGAUAAAGUGGGUCUGGUGAUUGAGGGUGAAGGUCAGUGUACACAGAAAGGAUCAUUCAAUUUUGGAUUCUUAUCUCUAGAUGACUAUUACCAUUCACUCUUUCCAUUGCCAUUUGUUACCGGUUCUCCGUCAUUUCCUGUUAAUGCUUCUUCAUAUGCUGCAGCCGCUGCGGCUGUGGCGGCCGCGGCUGCUGCUGCUGCAGCCGCUCAUCAACAGGGUCCAGAUGUCCCAAAUCGAUUCUCCUAUCCCCCUUCAUCACUGUCAUCACCACAUUCUUGUGAAUCUGAUACUUUUGGAAAUUCAGCUCAUAUAACUACUGAAGAAAGGAAAUCACAAUUAAAUGAAAUACCAACUGGUUUAAAUACAGAUGAUCAUGUAUUACGAUGUGCUAAUCCUUUGACAAAUCGGUUUCAGUCUGCUUCUGGUUGUCAAACUAGUUGUGUUUCUCCAAUGUUUCCUUCUUUUGGUGGACUCUCUCCAUCGUUAAGUGCUUUCAUGGCUGGACCAUUCUACAGUGUUGCUUUACAAGCAGCUGCAGUGGCUGCAGCGGUAUCAUCUGGUUCAUCUAGUCCAAAAUUGCAAUCAACAUCUUGGCCACAACCAAGUGUUCAUUCACCUGUGCCUUUUAGAAUUCCGACUCCUAAUACUUCGUUAUCCAACCUUAAUGUUUAUGAUAAUUUAUCUUCACAAAAUAAAUCAUCGCCUUCUGUUAUAGCUGUAGCCGCGGCGGCAGCGGCAGCAGCUGCCCUCAGUCAAUCACCGUCGUCGACAUCCGCUACAGCGGCAGCUGCAUUUCAUUCAGAGUUAAUAAAAGCAGCAAAUUUAUAUAAAAUUAAUAAUAAUUCAAAUCAACGAUUUUUGCCAAAUCCGAAUCCAUGUCAUCAUUCCCUUAGUCAUGAUAAUUUAUUAUCACUAUGCACUAAUAGUAGUAAUCAAUCAUCAUCCAGUACUUUACCAUUGAAUAUUGAUAAUUCAAUGAAUAUCUAUAACACCGCUUCUGAUAAUAUGACUAUCGGUGGUAGUGUACAUCCCUCCAACAAAUCAACAUCAACAAACUUACCUUCACGUUUAUAUCCAUUAACUGGUUCCAAAUUAGAUCAGUAUAGUUCAUCAAUUAAUCUUCAACUAAAAACUGAUAAUGACAAUUUUACAGACAAACACUUUACAGAAUUUUCAAGUUUAGAUAAUAGCAGUAAUAAAUCAAUUCAUAGCGAACGACUUGUUAUUCCAUCGAAUUCUUUUGGUGAACAAGCUGCUUCAUAUGAUUUACAAAGAAAACUAGGAUCGUCUACAUCAACACGGACUACUGACUUGUCGGUAAAAUCAGAUUCAGAAGAAAAUCAGUUAAACCGUAGUUUGUUCACUGAUUGUUCUCAACGUGCUACGGCAGCGGCUGCCGCGGCGGCGGCUGCAGCAGCUCAUGUCCAGUUUCUUUCAAGUUUAGCAGUGGCUGCGGCAGUUCACUCAUCAGCGUCAUCAUCAUCUCCGACUCCUGUUCCUCAAUUAUCUUCGUUACAUAAUAGUAGUAGUUUAUCACCAAUACUAUCCCGUAAUAAUUCGGUCGAUUCAAACUUACAACAUUCCAUUUCAUCACAUCUUGAUAUUGUACAAUCAUCUUCAGUAUCGACUUCACAAGAGCCAUUAUUCUCUUUUACUACAUCUCAACUUAAAUCACGUCAUACAAAUACUACAGAUAAUUUUGCUCAUCAAAUUUCUGGUCAUUUAAAAGCAUUUAAAUCUUUUGGUUCAACCACUGAUAAUGUAUGCUCAUCAUCUCAUAAUACAUCUCAUAAAUCCAUCAAUGAUCCUUCAAUUAUAAAACAUUCAAAUAACAAUCAUUACAAUAAUAAAUUAUUCAAUUCAGAAAUGAUCACAUCUACAAAUUCAUUGCCAAUUUCUUCUCCAUCUACAUGUUUUGUUAAUCCAUCAUUAUGUUAUAAUAUACAAAGAAAUUCUCCUGAAUUAUCAUCAUUAGGAUCGCAAUAUCAAUUAUGUAAUAAUCGAAUAUAUUCUAAUCCUCUUGGUGUAAAUCCUUUGAAAUUACCUAAUUUAACAUCUAGUAGUACAUGUUGUACUGUUAAUACUUCUACUUCUACUACUACAACUACUACUAUUACUAAUACUACUACUAAUACAAACAAUAAUAAAAGCAAAACUACUACUACUAUCAAUACUACUCAUAAUGAGGCAAGUAGUUUUGACAAUGAUAUUGGUGAUAAUGAUGUUGAUCAUAAUAGAAGUAAUUAUAAUCAUAAUAAAGAUCAUUGUAAUCAACCUCAUCAACAACAACAACAACCACCAAUAUCUAAUACAAAUUCAACUAAACGUGUACAUAUUAAAAAACCAUUAAAUGCAUUCAUGUUAUUUAUGAAAGAUAUGAGACCAAUAGUACAAGAAGAAUGUACAUUAAAAGAAUCAGCUGCAAUUAAUCAAAUACUUGGUAAAAAAUGGCAUGAAUUAUCACGUGAUAAACAAGCAAAAUAUUAUGAAUUAGCUAGAAAAGAAAAAGAACUACAUCAUCAGCUGUUCCCUGGCUGGUCAGCAAGAGAUAAUUAUGCUAUACAUUCAAGACGUAAGAAAAAACGAAAAUUGGCAGCUGCAGCAGCUGUUGCACAAACAAAAAUUCAUUCAACCAGUGGUAAAACUCUUGGUAAUACUGGUAUUCACAUAUCUUCAGAAUCCGGUGGGGAUUUUGGUAAUUCCGAUUCAAAUGAAGAGCGUACUAGUAGACUUUCUGUAUUAGUAGGUAAUACAAACUCUACAGAUAUAAGUAGUGCUAAGAAAUGUCGUGCACGUUUUGGUUUAGAGCAUCAAAAUCGUUGGUGUAAACCAUGCAGACGAAAGAAAAAGUGUAUUCGUUUCUUAACAGACACUGAAUAUGAAGAAGAGAAUAAUUUUCCAGUUUCUCCUAUAUCACCAUCUACAACAUUGAAUAACUUGGAAAAGCAACCUACAUCAAUAACAACAACAACAACAUCAGUAACGAUAACAUCGUCUCAACAUUCAAAUCAUUCUAACUAUAGUAAAUCAAAACAUCACUAUACAUCUUCAACUGAUCUGAUUAGUGGAUUGUAUCCUAGUAACAGUAGUAAUAAUGAUAAUAAUACUCUAUGGUCAAAUUAUACACCAAAUUUUCAUCGUGUUAUCUCAUCAAUUGGUGAACAACGAUCAGAUGAUAAUUCAUUGACACAGAAUAACCAUAAAAAUAAUGAUCAGAAUUUAGUCGAUGAGUCUUUACUAACAUACAUAUCAAGAGGUUCACAUAACUUAUCCGAUCAUCCAACUUCAAUAGUAUCACCAUUUACUUCAACUGUUAUAUCUAACAUCAUUCAUUCAAAUGUUAUAUCUAAUAGUCAAUCUGAAAGAUCUUCAAAUUCGUUUACUUCAACCGAUUGCACAAAUCUGUCAUCAUCAUCUAUUUCAUUAUCAAAAUGGUCUCCAAAGCAUCUAUUCAAUCUUGCUACACUUCAAAAUAUUACUUCAUCAAAAUCUUCUGAUUUAUUAUUAUUUCCAUCAUCUAAAAUGAUGCAUCCAUCUGAUAAGUGUAAUUUAUAUUCCAAUGAAAGUACAAUAUCUUCAUGUCCUUCUUCACCUAUUCCAUCAUAUUCUACAUCAUUUAUAUCUCAUUUACCAUUAUCAUCAAAAGAAGAGAAUUGUUGUAUAUCUCCAUUAUUAUUAUUAUCAUCAUCAUCAGAUUUAUCACAUAGUAAUUAUGAGAAAAUUGUCAAUACUACUACUAUCAAUACUACUACUAAUACUAGGAGAAAUAAUAAUAUCAAACGAUUUAUGCCUAUUCAUAAUUAUAAUCUUCAUAUAAAUACAUCCAUUUGUUGUACAACUAACACUACUACUACUACUACUUCAAUGAUUAGUAGUAGUAUUAGUCAUAAUCAUAAUAAUAAUAUUUAUAAAUCCCAGUGA